AUGCUAAAAUACAUUAUUUCCACAAUAAUACUUAUACCCCUAACCUGGCUAUCAAAAAAUAACAUAAUCUGAAUUAACUCCACACUCCACAGCUUACUAAUUAGCCUCACAAGCCUACUCCUUAUAAAUCAAUUUGGCGAUAACAGCCUCAACUUCUCAUUAACUUUCUUCUCCGACUCCUUAUCUACACCACUACUUAUUCUAACCAUAUGACUCCUCCCCUUAAUACUUAUAGCUAGCCAGCAUCACCUAUCAAAAGAAAACCCAGCCCGAAAAAAAUUCUUCAUCUCAAUACUAAUCCUAUUACAACUAUUUCUAAUUAUGACAUUCUCUGCUACAGAACUAAUCCUCUUUUAUAUUAUAUUUGAAGCAACACUAGUUCCCACACUCAUUAUUAUUACCCGAUGAGGGAACCAAACAGAACGCCUAAAUGCCGGUCUCUACUUCUUGUUUUAUACACUAGCAGGAUCCCUACCCUUACUAGUUGCACUAAUCUACAUUCAAAACACAAUAGGAUCCCUAAACUUCCUAAUUCUACAAUACUGAGUACAGCCAAUACCCAGCUCCUGAUCCAACACCUUCAUGUGAUUAGCAUGCAUAAUAGCCUUUAUAGUAAAAAUACCACUAUACGGACUUCAUCUCUGACUACCCAAAGCCCACGUAGAAGCCCCAAUUGCAGGCUCCAUAGUUCUUGCAGCAAUCCUACUAAAACUAGGAGGAUACGGCAUGUUACGAAUUACGCUUCUCCUAAAUCCAAUCACCGACUUUAUAGCAUAUCCAUUCAUCAUGCUAUCACUAUGAGGCAUAAUCAUAACCAGCUCAAUUUGCCUUCGUCAAACGGACCUGAAAUCACUCAUCGCGUACUCCUCUAUUAGCCACAUGGCACUUGUCAUCGUUGCAAUCCUAAUCCAAACACCCUGAAGCUACAUAGGAGCCACCGCCCUGAUAAUUGCCCACGGCCUUACAUCCUCUAUACUUUUCUGCCUAGCAAAUUCUAACUACGAACGAAUUCACAGCCGUACAAUAAUCUUAGCCCGCGGCCUACAAACACUUCUUCCACUAAUAGCCACCUGAUGACUCCUAGCAAGUCUAACCAACCUGGCUCUACCCCCAACAAUCAACCUAAUCGGAGAACUAUUUGUAGUAAUAUCGACUUUUUCAUGAUCUAAUAUCACAAUUAUUCUAAUAGGACUUAACAUAGUAAUCACUGCUCUCUACACCCUCUAUAUACUAAUCACAACACAACGGGGCAAAUACACUCAUCACAUCAAUAACAUUUCACCUUCCUUCACACGAGAAAAUGCACUCAUAUCACUACAUAUACUACCACUACUGCUUCUAUCCCUAAACCCAAAAAUUAUCCUAGGACCCCUAUACU